UCAAGGUGCUGGAGGAACAGACCUUAGCACGAAGAGCCCUUGCGCUGAAGAUUGAACAAGAAAAACACGAGAGGCGCCAACGUGAGUAUUACAAGCUCAUUUCGGGGGGCCAUAUGGCGGCACUGGAAGCAGAGGCAGCCCACCACCGCGCUCAACUAGCCAAUGUCGCGUCCAUCCGGGUACGUUGCCAGGUCGAUCUGCACCAAUCAUUUCGUUCUCAUUAUCCCUUUCAGUCGCGUCCUGAUUACCCAUCGGUUGGCCCUGAUAGCAUUUUCCCAGAGGAAUCCAAGGUUCGUUACCCAGGCUCUCGAAGUAUCCGCUGUCCUCAUAUUUGCCUCCAGAGGCCUCUAUCAUUCGGAGGUUAUGCCAACGUUGUGGCAACCCUAGCUGCAAAGGAUAAAGCAGUUAGGCAUUGUCCUUAUGUCGGCAAGAUUCAAGUCAAGCGCGAUGAUGCCAAAAAGCCUCUUUCCAGCGCUCUGUCCGGAAAAGCCGAGACUGUUUUGUUGUCCCGUGCCAACGACACUGACGAAGCGCCUGUACGUAACGGCAUUGUUGAGCUGCUAAAAGCCAUUCUUGGUGACGCAGCCGAGGUGAAGACUUCCCCUGUGGCAUCUCCUUCGCCAGCUCCGUCUACUUCCAAAUCCUCCGAGAUUGUUCCCAAGAGAUCCGAAGUCGAGCCCCGGCAAUUGUCGCACACAACCGUUGAAGAAUGUUUAGGUGCAAUGCUCGGCCAUUUUGCACAGAAAGUAGAAGCACCAGCAUCUCGCGCAGGUGCCGCGACAUCCGGAUCCAAGCCUGUGGAGAAGAAGGCCUCUGCGAUUGAAUCUUCUUUGAAGGCCGAGCUUGAAGCACGCUUGAACAAUGAUCAAUCCAACGAAAUCAAGGACACCAUCCAUGCCAUCUUCGCGUCACUCAACAGUCAGACUUCGAAUGUUCCUUCACCAGCUAGCGUCAAAGGCAAGGAGAAGGCCCAUUCCAUCAGCACCGAGGACGCCACCUCCAAAGACGUCGUAUCAUCCAUGGAAGCUGUCCGAAAUGUCGAAGCGGCCUUCCAUACCCUCGAGUCGGAGUUCGUCUUCCCUGUCCAGUUGGAUUUCACCCCUGCUCCAUCUCCAGCCUCAUCAGACUCUGAGUCGUCUCUUACGGGGAGAUUGGCUUACACCUCCCGUAACGCACCCGUGCGAUAUUAUGAACAGUCCUUGAGUGGGCUGUUGGCCCAGUUGGAUUCGGUGGAAAGUUUCGGGAACGAAGCAUUAAGAAGUGUUAGGAAAGAAGUUGUUGGAAAGGUGGAGAGUGCGCUCGAAGAGCUAGAGCGAGAGGUUGAAGGUCGGUGGCGGAGCAAGACUGCCAAGGAAAGCAAGGUAACAGAGAAGCAGGGCCUCGUUGGUGCACAGGCUGCUGAAAAGGUGGCUUCUGAAGUCGCCUCAGAGGGCAUUGCACCAGCUGAAGAGGGGAAGAACGAUGAGCCUGUUGUAGUUGAUGCACUAGCUCCUGCUGAAGCUGUUGCUGUUCACGAAGACGAGGCCGUUGCUGUUGAUACGACACUUCCGACAACUGCUCUCGUUACACCUCAACCUGAAUCAACUGUAUUGGUUGUCUCUGACAGUAUUUCCGAGGCAUCGGCUGACAAGAGUAGUGUCAUCGAGGACAAGGAGCUGGACACCGAACUACCACUUCAAGCAUCCGCCUAUCCUCCGUCCUCGGCUUCCAUCGACACAGUCCGACCGUACAACGUAGAGCCUCAGCCUUCUGAGGAUCCUCGAGAGUCCUUCCUCCUCUCAGAGGGGAACUCCGCGGACCAGGAGACUGCCACGAAAAAGAAAGUAGAUGACGACACGGGAAGUGAUUGGUCAGAGGUCGAAGCAUAAUCCCGAAUUGAUAAUACUGGACUCGAUUAAUACAUGUAUACUACUACUUUCCCUUCAUCUAUGCGUAUGGAUCUGUAUUUUGCAUUAUAACACGUUUGAACUUAUCGUUCUAUGUCGUGACUAAGAUUCCUUAGAUCGGCUCUGACUCUCGUGCAAGAGUAACUUGUGUGUUCCUGUAUAUUGAACGAACGACGCAAGGUUGUGUAUGUUGGUUGAAUUCAAAGAU